CCGGCGGAAAUGGUGCUAAUGUCCCGUGGCGGGCCUGGGAGCCGCAAACACGGUCGUCCUCCCGGGCCCGCCGAACGCGGCGCCCAACCCAGUUCCUUCCCUACCGCUCGGGGACGCGGCCCCGGGGACCAGCUGGGCUCCCAGCAUGGUGCUCAAGGUCUUCUUCCCCACAUGCUGUGCCUCGGCAGACAGUGGCCUGUUAGUGGGACGGUGGGUCCCAGGACAGAGCAGUGCUGUGAUCCUGGCUGUGGUACACUUUCCCUUCAUCCCCAUCCAAGUCAAGGAGCUCCUGGCCCAGGUGCAGGAGGCCAGCCAAGUACAAGUGGCUGUGCUAGGCACCUGGUGCCACCGUCAGCAAGAACCACAGGAGAGUCUGGGGAACUUCCUGGAGGGUCUGGGUGCCAUCUUCUCCCAUGAUCCCUGGUUGCAGCUUUGCCGGGAGAGGGGUACCAGAUUCUGGAGCUGCCAGGCCACUUACCCUCAGAUGUCUAACGCUCUGGACACACACACUGAAGAGCAGGUCAUGCUCAUUUUCUAUGAUCAGCGCAAGCUGCUGCUCUCCUGGCUGCAUCCACCUCCCGUCCUGCCCGACUGCCAGAUGGGAGACACUGCAGCCAGCACCGGAGGCCUAGCUGACAUCUUUGACACAGUGGCACGCAGCGAGGUCCUCUUCCGAAGUGACCAAUUUGAUGAGAGACCCGUACGCCUGAGCCACUGGCAAUCAGAGGGAGUGGAGGCCAGUAUACUUGUGGAAUUGGCAAAGCGGGCCUCUGGGCCUGUCUGCCUGCUGCUGGCUUCUCUGUUGUCCCUGAUGUCAGCAGCUAGUGCUUGCCGGCUCUGGAAGCUGUGGCCCCUUUCCUUCAUCAGAAGCAAGCUCUCCACUUGUGAGCAGCUCCGUCACCGGCUGAAGCACCUCUCCUUCAUCUUCAGUACCGAGAAAGCCCAGAGUCCCAUGCAGCUGAUGAGGAAGGCCAACAUGCUGGCUUCUGUGCUACUGGAUGUGGCCCUUGGCUUGCUGCUGCUCUCUUGGCUCCACAGCAAUAACCGAAUUGGACAGCUGGCCAAUGCCCUGGUCCCUGUGGCUGAUCGCGUGGCUGAGGAGCUCCAGCAUCUGUUGCAGUGGCUGAUGGGUGCUCCUGCUGGGCUCAAGAUGAAUCGGGCACUGGAUCAGGUGCUAGGCCGCUUUUUCCUGUACCACAUCCAUCUGUGGAUAAGCUAUAUCCACCUUAUGUCCCCCUUUAUUGAGCACAUCCUGUGGCAUGUGGGACUCUCAGCCUGCCUUGGACUGACUGUUGCUCUGUCCAUCUUUUCGGAUAUCAUCGCCCUUCUCACCUUCCACAUCUAUUGCUUCUAUGUCUACGGUGCCAGGCUGUACUGCCUGAAGAUCUAUGGCCUUUCCUCUCUCUGGCGUCUGUUCCGGGGGAAGAAGUGGAAUGUUCUGCGCCAGCGAGUGGAUUCUUGUUCCUAUGACCUUGACCAGCUCUUCAUUGGGACCUUGCUCUUCACCAUCCUGGUCUUCUUGCUACCUACCACCGCUCUGUACUACCUGGUAUUCACCCUGCUCCGGCUCCUGGUGAUCACUGUGCAGGGCUUAAUCCAUCUACUUGUAGACCUCAUCAAUUCCCUGCCACUAUACUCCCUUGGCCUUCGACUCUGCCGACCCUACAGGCUGGCAGCUGGUGUGAAGUUCAGAGUUCUGGAAAAGGAGGCAGGCAGGCCCCUCCGCCUCCUGAUGCAGAUAAACCCCCUGUCCUAUAACCAUGUGAUGCACGCCUACCGUCUACCUAGCUGUGGCUGCCACCCCAAGCACUCCUGGGGUACCCUGUGCCGAAAGCUGUUCUUCGGAGAGCUCAUCUACCCCUGGAGGCAGAGAGAGGACAAACAGGACUGAGGAGCUGGACACAGCCUACCCAUAGCUACUGCACAGCCAUCACACCUCCUCUCUGCCAGGACAGCACUGACCAUGGGGUCCUCUCAGGUCCCACAAGGGCCAACCAAACACUCUGUACUGAAUGUAGGCAGGCCUUACCCUCUGCUCUCGGACCCUGCCAGCUUCAGACCUGCACUCUGUCUAGCACAGUGGUUCUCAACCUUCCCAGAGCUGACCCUUUAAUAUACUUCCUCAUAAAAUUAUUUUCAUUACUACUUCAUAACUGUUAAUUUUGCUACUGCUAUGAAUCAUGAUAUAAUAUAAAUAUCCGUGUUUUCUGACAGUCAUAGGCGAUCCCUGUGAAAGGGUCAUAUGACACCCCUCCCCAAAGGGUUGAGAACCACUGCUCUAGUACCACCUAUGUAGGGACCCACAUGGUUUUUGUAGUCAUUACAGUGAGCCUGAUUCCUAGGAGUACCUGGACUCUGUGGGAUACGCUGGCAGGUCCUCUUGGCUGCUUUAUUGGGUGGGAGCACUCCUGGGCACCUGGUACACUUCAUAAGCCUCCGCAGAACAUUUCCAUUGGGAAACAGAGGUAGCUGCUGAUCCCUUACCCCCUGGAACUAAUCCUUCAUGCUGCACUUCACUGGGCUUGCUUGCUGCUCCCUGGAGAGUACUCUGUGAAGUUGCUGCUAUAGGCCUCUGGGUGACUGGGUACCUGCCAGCCUGGCUGCCCUGUUCUUGCUUAGUGCUCCAGGUAUGGGUAGGCCCUCUGGCAAAAUAUUCUGUCUUCUCUUAUAGACUCCUUAUGGGACCAGGUAGCUUCCUUCUGCACAGGCACUUCGUGAGACUCAUUGUGUGAAUGACCUUGGGGUGGUGAAAUGGCCAGGGUUAGUUCCCUAACACUUAGUGGGACCCCAUGUGAGCUAGUCCCUAGGGGGCAGGAAACCUCACUGUCUGAUGGUCUAGAAUUGUCUGCUGUGGGCAGGAGGGGACAGCUGGCCCAGCCUCUCUUUCAGGGGCACUUGUGACUAUUGACAUUGGUUUGUCUGAGCCUGCUUCCUCUUGCUACAGGUCACAGCCAUUCUUAAGCAGCCAGUGGAGGGUUUUGGUGAAGAUGAAUCCUGAUUGUGUGGUGACAAUAAAAUUUCAUGAAUCUGGAGUACCAGCUUGGGUGUGCUGCUAGUCUGCCAGGCUCUAGGUGGGUGGGCUAGGCGGAACACUGGUGGGCUAGGCGGAGCACUGGUGGGCUAGGCGGAGCACUGGGCUACCCCAGAUGACUAUCAUUGCUUCCUGCCUAAGGCCUCUGCAGAGGCUCUGCUGAGUUGCGGCCCUAAGCACUUGUGGACGUCAUAGAUAGGUGAACAGAGCUAGAGGCUCAGUGCCUCUGGCCAUAGUUCCACCCUGAUCCCAGGGCCUGGGAUAGAGUCUUGUAGGGCUGGGGUUGUCUGCGCUGGGCUUUGAGUAUGUGGAUUCCAUACAAAGUAGAGCACUGCCCUGGACUGACAAGUUUCUCUAUGUAGUCUUGGCUAUCCCAGAACUCACUCUGUAGACCAGGCUGGCUCACACACACAGAUCAGCCUGCCUCUGCCUCCCUAGUGCUGGGACUGAAGGAGUGUGCCAAUACCACGCGUCUUCAACUGAUUCUUAGCAUCUGCAGUCUUCGGAUGCCUCCAGGCCUGUUGUCCUGGUUAUGAAGAAGGGGCCCUCAGUUGCUUUCUAGCCUGGGACUCCGCAAAGGAUCAGUAUAAGCCAACCGGGGAGUGCCAUAGGGCCCCGUGUGAUCCUGUGCCCAGAUAGAGCCUGCUGAAAAUAGCAAUCAUGCAAUACUGGGUGCUACACUCUAGGCAGGCCUUACACUUGUCUCUUGGUAACCCUUUGGAGUCAGCUGCACACAGAUUACCACUUCUGUGCAUGCAUUUUCCCCCUACUCUGCCUGGCUACCCUUACCCAUCCUUUAGCUUCCUGCUCUCAUCCUUUCACUUCUGACCUCAGCCCAGCUGGCCCUGUCAUGAGGUCAGUCUGGCAACUGUCCUUGUGUGCGGCAGGGUACUAGGCUGUCUGCCCUUCUGAGGACCAGUCAGGGCCUGGCACCAGAGCUGGCCAAAUGAACACUGGCCAUUGGAGCCAAAAGAGUUGUCUCUUGCAGAGAGCUGUGCCCAUGGAGGUUUUCUGAUGAUGCUCAGACACAGCUCAUGUAUGUCUAACAACAAGGGCUGAUGUUUGGGUGGCCAUUACUUUGAUGGACAGGUGCCUUGCCUUUCCCAGGAGCUGUCAGGGUUCCUAUCACAAUCUACCCUCCUUUGUAACUGAAAGAAGCUUGUCUGCAGGUACUUGGGACAUGAACAUGGCCUGACUUUUCAUUCUGUCUCCACUAGCUGCCAUGUCCAUCACUGUGUCUGAAUCUGUCUACUUAUGAGAGGUUCUAGGGCCUCUUGUUGCCAGUCUAAGGCCAGGACCUCUGAGUAAUUGAAACAUUUCUUUUUUGAAAUAUGUAUCAUGUGUUUCAGGCUGGUCUCAACUUGCUACAUAGCUAAAGAUGACCUUGAACUGCUGAACUUCCUGCCUCUACUUCCUGAGUAUUGAGAUUACAGUUACAUAACACACAAUUUAUGGAGUGCUAAGGAUCAAAUCCAGGAUUUCAUGAAUGCUAGGCCAACUGUCAACUGCCAAUUUCCAGCCAAACUGGAAUGUUUUGUGGCUGCUUCCUGAGCUUCCUGGACUCGUGGCUUUUUGGGCCUAGGGUCUGUCCCCUUAUGUAUGAUUCCCAGAAUUCUCAGAGGACUGAGGGUCCCACCCAGAGUGGGGAAGUUAGUCUUAGUCUGUUCUUUUUAAUUAUAACAAAAUGCAAGAGCCCAGAUGUGUUAUCAAUAGAGGUUCAUUGGCUUGUUCUAGAGGCUGAAAAUCUCAGGCCAUUGGCACAGCAUCUGGCUGUGGGCAUUUUUGCCAAACAACAUGGUGCCAGGCAUCACAUGGUGAGAACAAAGCAAGUGUGCUAGCUCAUUUUUCCUCUAAGGCCACUAAUGCCACCAUGGGAGCGACCCUCAUGACUUCAUCUACUAAUUACCUCCCAUUAGUCCUGCCUGACAAAUUGUGAAAUAAGAUGUGGCCACCAUGCUGCUCAGUCCACUCAGACUCAAAGGCCCGUCUCUGUUUCUGGAAAUAUUCUCAUGGAUAGCCUUGAGGUAAAGUGUGAUCAGUUUUCUCGGUGUUCUUUAAAUAUAGUCAAGCUAACAGCUGACUUCAAUUGUCACGGCCAGUGUGUGUCUCUGGAAAGGGGGGUUAGGUUAUUCUCAGCCCCCAUGGAUGAACAUCCCUAUUUCAAACCUCACACCUCUAAAGAAAGGCUCUCACCAUCAUUACAGCCAGCACGGGGUGAGAGCCGUCAGAACAGAGGCAAAGCUCAAGGCUGGGCAUAGUGACCUCUACAAGGGGGGAUCUCCCUGAUAACCAGGUUGUGGCUCUCAAGACUCAGUUCUCAGCUACUCAUCAGCUGAGGAUCAGGACUUUCUUAUUAAUUAAUUAAUCUUAUUAUGAAAUCUAUGUGAUCCAGAGUUCAGGGACUGGCCACUCCUGGACAAAACAUAGCCAGGAAAAAAAGAAAAGAAAAGAAAAAGAUACAGGUAAUACCGCUGGGAUCCUUCAGGGAUUCAGAGUGAGCUGAGAAGUUCUGUUGGAAGGCCUUAGGGUGGUUCUGCCUUCCUGGACUCAGGAGCCUCCACCCUACACACCCUUGACCAAGAGAAUAGUGGGAAAGCCUGUCCCUGAGGCAGGUGAGGAGAGCUUUGAUACCAUUUCUCAGGCACCGUACCCUCACAAACCUUCCCUGAAUAUUGUGUCAAACCAAGUGGCUGUGUUCACAGGGUCAAGAUGCUCAGUAAAGGCUGUAUCUUCAGCUUAGGAGGGAGAGAGUCACUCAGUGUGGGGCUGCUGGAAUGAAGGAAGGGUACCUGUUGCUGGAGGGAAGGCCUAGAUCCAACAGUCCCUUGGAGAAAAGACCCCUUGUAGGGUUUUUUCUUCAUUCUUUCUUGGAGACAGGGCCUGUGUAGGCCCGGUCUUGAACUUGCAUCAGAAUCCCAAGUGUGCUGGGAUUAGAGGUGUGAGCCACCAUACCUGGCUGCUGGGGUGUGUGUGAGUGUGUGUUUGUGUGUGUGUGUGUGUUUCACAUUCCUUAAGUACUGGUGUGAUAUAACCUGGAAUUACUGAAUUCUAAUUUCACCUUUGAACAUUUGAUGUUACUUUUAGCAUCAGCAGACUUGGUAACUGCCUGAUGCUACAUGAUAUCCACCGAUUGAUUAUUCAGUCUGUGCUAACCUGAGGGAUUGUCCAGUGAUUCACAUUCUGUACAAUCUGGGAAAACCAGCUGGUGGCAAUGGCAAGAAUAGUGUCACUGAAGUGGUCACACAGUUAAAGAGACAGGUUUCAGUGUAGGAGUCAAAUGGACUUCCUGGCCUUUCCAUGUGCUUGUCCAGUCACAGCUCCCUUCUGCUCUGGCCACCACACAUGGCAACUCAGCUUCACCCUGCCUGUGUAUUGUUGACAUGACUGUGUGAGUACGGGUGCUCAGAUGGACAGAAGAGGGCAUUGGGUCCCCUGACUAUGGAGUUGUAGGUGGUCGUGUGCUGUGGUACUGAGAGCCAAAUUCCAAUCCCGCACAAGUACAGCAACCAUUCCUAACUGCUGAGCCAUCUGUCCAGCACCUUCAGUAAGCCAGGAUUUGUUAUGUAGCUCAAGUUGGUCUUGAACUCAUGGCAAUCCUCCUGCCUGAGUAUUAGGACUAUAGGCAUGUGUCACCUACCUAGCCUGCUUAGGAAGAGGUCCUUGCCUUCCCAGCAGCCAGGAGAGCUGUCAGCUGUGGAUACCUCUGUGCUCAGUGGGCACCUCAUCACUGGUGGCACACUGCCCAGACUUGUGUUCAGUGGUCAUGUGAAGGAGCAGCCCCAAGUCAGCACUGAUGGCAUCUUCUCUUGGCCUCCUGUCUCAAUACCCCAAGUAGCUGGGCUUAUAAGCUUCUGCCAUCACAGAGGUUUGGGGUUUUUGUUUUUGUUUUGUUUCACUUUGUUUUUGAGACAGGGUUCCCCUGUGUAACAAGCUCUGAUUGACUGUCAUUUUGUAGACCAGGUUGGUCUCAAACUCAGAGAUUGGCCUGCCUCUGCUUCCCCAGUACUGGGAUUUACAUGCCCUGUCAAAAUUCAUUCUUGGGACUGGAGAGAUGUCUUAGUGGUUAAGAGCACUGACUGCUCUUUCAAAGGU